AUGUUACUUGUGGGCCUUGGGGCUGUUGCUGCAGCCGGCGCUGCAUUUGUGUUGCCGCUGUUGCUCUACUAUCACUUUGUCGACAGGCGGAAGAGCAGCCCGAUUGCAGCUCUAUCAUUUUGCUUCACACUCACCUUUGCUCUUCUUCUUGCCCUUCUCGUGCCCAUAGACAUCAUGCAGGCUUCCACAGCCAACUCUGCUGCCUUACGGAAGACCGAGCCCUCUCGAGAGCUGCAGCAGCCGCCAUCUGUGGCUGAAGCUGCUGCUGCAGCUCACGCUUCCAACACAGCAGCAGCAGCUUUUACUCCCGCGGGAGCAGCAGCAGCAGCAGCUGCUGCUGCUGGCUGGGCAGCACUCAGGAACGCUGUCCUUCCCCUCACCCCUGAGGUGUUGCAGCAGCUAUACCUUUGUCUUGGCAUCGCUGUCUUCCUCUGCUGCUUCGUACUGACACCUCGAGAGCGAUAG